AUGUUUUCUCGUUCCAGUGUUGGCUUGAGGCUAUUUUCAAGUACUAGGCGUAUGGCCAAUAGCAUUGAUCAAAAGCUUUUAAAAGAUGGUAUGAACGGAUCCAAGACACCAACUGUGAAAAAGCUAGAAGGUAAAUUAAUCAGAAACUUCCAACCGGGAAGUGUGUACAAUCCAUUUGAUUUUUCUCUGGAAAGAAUACGUCUAGAUAAGAAGUAUGGCGUUCGUCCAGGAUCUUACGAUCCAUUUGACAGAUUGAAGAUUAACCCAUUGGACCUAUACACAAACCCAGAAUUUUUAUCCAAGUUCGUAUCUUCUACUGGUAAGAUCCUACAUAGAGAUGUUACUGGUCUAUCGGCAAAGAACCAGCGUCGCUUGGCCAAGGCCAUUAGAAGGUGCCAGGCUAUAGGAUUAAUGUCCAAGGUUCAUAAGGAUGUUUCCAUGCUUCCUCAAAGAACAAUGACCAAGAAUUAA